AUGAUUGUACAAAAGUUAUAAGACCAGCAUAGAUCUAAUGGAUGGAAUGGGAACAUGAAGAUUUCAUACAGACUUAGAGAUUUACUUAAGGUUUAUGAACCAUUGUAAGGUGAGAGAAAUGUCAACAGAUUAGAAGUAAAUUAAAUUCCAAUUGCAUAGUAGUUGACAUAAAACACACUCCCAUCUAGCAAGUCAGCUUCAUAGUUCGGAAUGACAGGAUCAAGGGAAAAUAGAAGGACUAUUCGAAUUCCAUCAGGCAAGGAUUCCCCGAAUAGAAAGGAGCAAUUUAAGACACCUGAAAGUUUUAAUGUAAAGUAUAGAAAUACUAAUAGCAUAAAAUCUAAAAAUGGCUCAAACAAGAGUAACGAUGAAGAUCUGCUGAACUCAUUGCAGUCUAUUAGAGAUGAUGAGGAGUAUCAAAUAAACGAAUAUCUUUCUACAGUUAAGAAAGAAAUGCGACAAAGAGAAUCGAAUCUCAAUUUAUUCUCCUCGACCGAAACUGAUUUUAAAACUUAACAAAUUAUUAAGCACACCAUAUUUACAAAGGUUAGCUAGUAAGAUCCAUACAAGCCAAAAACUACUAAGAAUAAGAAUAGCAAUAAUCAAAUUAGCUUUAGUCCAAGUAAAAACCAUAUUCUUCGGAAGAAAAGUAGUGGGGACUCUUGUUAUAGACUUGUUAGCGAGAUGAAACUUAAAUAAGAGAAAAGUUUUGACAACGAUAAUAAUUCUCCCUAUUCAGAGAGUUCUAAUAAAGACAAUCAUCUACAGUAAGAAGAAACCGUUCAUCAAACAACUUUGACUAGGGAUUCACCCAUAAAGUAAAGGUACAGAAUGAAGAGUCAAUCAACUUUAGCUGAUGCAGUCAAAGCUUAAAAAUCUAUUAAAAAUCUACUCAGCGCUACUGACCAUACAUCAGGCUCUAUCUCAAUUCAGAACUUUAAAUCUGGCUAUUUGGUGGAUCAAAGCAGCUGCAAGUAUUUAAAUUCUCAAGCAUCGAUUCCUUAGACUUCAAGCUAUAUUCCCAAAAAUGUAAUGGGUAGAUAAGCUUCAACAUUUAUUGCCACAGAAGUUAACAACCUAGAAAGAUUGAUGCUUGAAUCAGCUGCCACAGAUAAUCAUGCUACUCCAACUUCUUCAAUCAUGAAUGCAGAUAGCCCUAUUGUUUAAAUACUAACAAAAAUAGAUAGACAUACAGACACAGACUAAUUAAGACUAAAUGAAAUUAAAUCUCUUGGCGAAAGCUUAGAUGAGACCAUCAGUAAGGAGGAUGAAUAAGAUGAUGCAGAUGAUGAGAGUAUCGAUUAACUAAUCAAGAAUUAUAGACCUAUUCAUAGCAGAGACAAUCGUAAAAUGAUUAUUGGCCUAGGCUACAAUAAAAGAUUGGUUAGACAUUGCAAUAAUGAGAGUGAGUAAUCAUCUGUAUAGAGGUAAUAAACAGCCUCUAAAUUUAAACAGGCUCAAACUAGCUAUUUCAAGAACAGACAUAUGCUAAGAAAUAUGCUUGAUAAGCCUGAUGAAAAAUACCUGCACUUUGAAUUUCAAAAGAGACUUGCUACCAUUUCUAGCACUCCAUAAAAUUUAGAUUAGAAAAGGUUUACCUUAGAAGUCUACGAUUUCUGCAUGAAGUAAAAGUCAGCGAUACCCACACUUUCUUAAGAGGCAAUUACAACUUUUACCAAUUAGUCAAUUCAAAGUUUUGGGAAGUCUCUUGGGAGAGUAUAUAAGUGA